CUCGAUACGUUAUCUUCAUGUGGGGGUGGGUAGCGUGACCUACGGCUAUCCAACUCCACUAAAAUCCGUUUAUGUGUAACGUUCACUAGCGAUCGUUCGCCCUGAAUGAUUGCUCAACAUUCAUCUCCGCCGCACCGCGAACACACGAGGAGAACGACACCCGUAACGAUCACCAGAGCAAUUCUCUGGCGGCUCUUAGCGCCAAAGACCGUUUGUUUUGGCACCCCAGGGAUGUGGGUUUUACAACCGCUGUUUUAAGCCCUUUUAGACAGUCAUGUGAUUGUAACGUAACCCGACCGGAAAACACCGACGACCAUCGCCGCCAAUGCUGCGUUUGAGAGGAACAGAGCAGCUGCGAGCCCAACGGACAAGUCUCCCGGUAACAGACAACAACUCGAGGACUCCACACACUUACGCGGAGGAAAGGUGGAAGUAUGGAGCUGGCCAAUCAUGGUCUUAUCCUUCUGCAGCAGCUCAACGCACAGAGGGAGUUUGGCUUCCUGUGUGACUGCACAGUCGCCAUCGGCGAUGUCUUUUUCAAAGCACACAAGGCCGUGCUGGCCGCAUUCUCGAACUACUUCAGAAUGCUAUUUAUACACCAGGACAGUGACUGUGUUCGUUUGAAGCCUGCUGACAUUCAGCCCGACAUCUUCAGCUACCUCCUCAAUCUGAUGUACACCGGAAAACUGGCGACACAGCUUAUCGACCCAGCUCGCCUGGAGCAGGGCGUCAAGUUCCUCCAUGCGUACCCUCUCAUUCAGGAGGCAAGUCUGGCUAGCCAUGCGACUCAUGCGCACCCCGAGGUCAGCCUUCCCCUGUCGUCCUCUCUUUAUGGCAUUCAGAUAUCAGACCAACAGGCCACACUCACGAACCGCCCCUCAGCGAGAACACAUCUCUCUUCGUCGUUCGACUCGGAAGGUGGCGGUUUGCUCGAUGUCAAGUGCAUUACCACAAACAAAGCUACCUCACUGACUCAGCCUGUGUCCAAGCACAGGCAAGCUCUGUCAGAAGCGGAGAUGGAAGCGUCCGCGAGCAUCAGUCAGUUUGUGAGGGAAGGCGGCGAGAUGGAAACAUCUGCAAGUGAGGCCCCAUCUUGCUCCUUGAGCACCAACACCAUUCGGCAUGUGAAGCCCAGCAUCAUGAGAAGAAGUUCCUCUCUGAGGAAGCAUUAUACGUGCCAUGUAUGUGGGGGUCGCUUCACCCAGCGAGGAGCCUUACGAGAGCACCUGCUUCAACACACUCAGGCUAUGCUCCCCCUGGUGUUGGAGUCCAGUGGUGCGGCUUCCCCCAUGCUGACUGGAGGUGCCGCCACACCAGAGGUGGAGGAAGUUCUCAGAGGAAGCGAAGCCGCUGCAGCCACUCCCAUCAUCGUGGACGGUGCCAGUGACAGUGAGCAACAUGUGUACUCAAGAGACUCACCUCAUCCUGAAACAGCUAUGCCUGUCCCAACGACAACUGCAGUCAGCCUGUGCAUGGCGCAGCCCCAGGCUGACACUCCACCUCCAUCCGAUAUCGCUGAUAUCGACAACCUAGAGGGUGCAGCUGACAUGGAGCGGGAAGUGAAGCGGAGGAAAUAUGAGUGCUCCACUUGUGGCCGCAAGUUCAUCCAGAAGAGCCACUGGAGAGAGCACAUGUACAUCCAUACGGGAAAGCCGUACCGCUGCAGCGCUUGCGGCAAGAGCUUCUGUCGGGCCAAUCAAGCGGCCCGGCACGUUUGCAUGAAUCUGGGCUCAGAGCCAGCGUACACCAUGGUAGACCGACAGAGCAUGGAGCUGUGCGCCGCGGACGACUCCAGCCAAAUGGAGGCGCUGUUUCUCGGCUCUUCUGGGAGACCGUACAAAUGCAAUGUGUGUGAAAUGACCUUCUCCAGCCCCAAUGAGGUGAUCAAGCACCUGUGCUUCAACCAGGGUGCGCUCUCAGUUGGAGCGGCUGGAGAAAUGGCCAUCAGUGGGCUGAACAGUGACAGCCUGGCCAAAGACGAAGGCUCGGAUUCAUCCAGUGGUGGGCCGUUGAUAACGCCCAUCAAAACUGAGGAAGUCUUCGUGGAAUAGCUUUGCAUUCAUCCACUUCAAAGUAUCGUUUCUUUUAAUGUAUUGCAUUUCAGUUGUGGGUAAAUUAUGAUCAGAAGUUAAGCUACAGAUGGAAAAUUCUGUUAUAUUGUCUCUUUUUUUCUGGGGAUUUAACUUCUGGAAAGUGCUGAAAUCUACGACUACUUUCAGCUUUUUUAACACUCAUAAAUUUGGUCACUAUAUUUAUAACAGCUUGAAAGCAUAUUUAGUCCAACAAGUCAAAUUCCUGCUUCAUUCUGUAUUUCUUUCAAGGAGUUUAUUAGUUACUUGGGUCAUUUGUUUGGGUAGUUUGUGUUUCUUCCUGUCUAAAAGCAUACAGAAAAAAGGAAGUAGUAAGCUGCUGUUAUCCUGUGUUUGUCACAGUGCAGAUCAGCCGUAGACCUCAUUAGGUUGGAUUGGUAACUCAAUUGAAUAUUUAAAACAUUAAAGCCACCAAAUUAUUAGGUUUUGGGAACAGCACCAAAAUUUAUUUUGAAAAUAAAAUUACAUUUUCUGAGCCGCUAAAUGCGGGUCUUGAUUUAGGAUGAACAUUCACUACCUCAACCGGUUUCAAACUAACCUUAAAUUUGCAUCAAAGGGUCGAGGAUCAAAGUCAACUUUAUCUUCCAGUGCCUCCGGGAAGGGUUGCACAGAUUUCAAAGUUUUCUUUUUCACACUGUUUCUAAUUUCUCAUUACAUGCGUUGGGUUAGCAAGAGCAAGGUGGAAUUGUAGAUAACCUUCAUGCAGUGCCAGAUUACCUGUCAAACAUCAUUUAUAUUGUUAACAUGACCCACAAUAUAUUUGCCUAAUUAUUCCACUUUUGUAAUUUCACAUUUAUUUGUUACAGUGCUUUUUUGUGCCAUUGCAGCUCAUCAGCAGUCUGGUUGUGUUGCUUUCACUGCGGUUCCACAUGUUUACAGUUGUGCUGUGUGUUUAAUCAAAUUGUUACUGUGUGUGAAUUUAGAAAACACUGUGGCCAAUCGUACACCUGUACAUAACGUUGCUUGAAGGGAGAUAUUUCUGUCACUGUUCGCCGAUUUAAUUUUGCCAUGAAAUGUUUUGCUUGAAUAUGCUCUCAAAUUCCUUAUUUUUGAGUUUUAUAUACAUUUUCUAAUUUUAUGUACAGUGCUUUAUUUACAAAGAAUUUUAUUAAUAUUAUCGAAUGAUCCAUUAUAGUGUCUGUAUAUUUGUCAUCUCAUUAGCUGUCUUUGUUUUAAUGAACCUGACAGUGAGGUCAUGCUGUAAAAGCACUGAUAUCUACUAAAGAUCCCUGACUACUCCCAUCAAUAUACUUGUGAUACAUCAGGAAACUUAAAAUCAGGGCAAUUUACAUUCAGUGCUAAAUAUUUCUUCCAUCUUUCUCUUUGUUAAGACCUGUAGGAAUUUAUUGUAAGAGCACUGUGAGUUAAGUUACUACUGAAAAGCUUAGAACCCAGGAAUGGCCAUUUAUUGUCUUUUUUAUUUUUUUUAUUUUUUUUUUUUAGUUAAUUUUGACAAGGCCUCUGGUGUCUUAUAAAGGGGUCAUAUGAUGCGAUUAAAAUUUUUCAUUUCUCUUUGGAGUGUUAAAAGCUCUUUGUGCAUGAAGAAGAUCUGUAAAGUUGCAAAGACUAAAGUGUCAGAUCCAAAGAGAUAUUCUUUAUAAAAGUUCAGACUUGUUCACUCCCCCCUGAAACGGCUCGUUCUAACCCCCCCCCCCCCCCCACCACCACACACACACACACACACACACACAAUUCCAUGUCAGUAUGUGGUAAUAUUUGCAUAACGCCACCCAGAUGUUCAUGCAAAGAAAGGAGUUCCUUUUAUUCUCAUUGUAGAAUUGUUGUUCAUUUCUAUUGGGGUUUUAUGUUUGUUUCAUCGCUCCGGGCAUAGGGCAUCACAAUAUGUUAAGGGGUGUAACAUUUCCAUCACACGCUUGAGGUAUUCGGCCAAUCACAAUGCACUGGAUAGCUAGCCAAUCAGAGCACACCUCGCUUUUCAGACUGAUGAGCUUUGUAAAAAUCUGCGCAGUUCAGAAGGCGGGGCAUAGAGGAGAAACAAUAAUGUACAGUAUGUGGAAAAUAACAUGUUUUUUAACCUUAAACCCCUGGAACACAUUUCAUUACACCAAAAAAAAUAUUUUAGCAGCAUUAUAUGACCCCUUUAAUUAUAAUCAUACAUCAGGCAAUGUCAUGUUUUUUUUUUUGGUUUACAAUAAAAUGCUUUAUUGUUACUAUUCCUUAUUUGUAAAAAGGCAAGUUGUUGCUCUUUGAGACAGUUAUAGGGAGGGGAGGGGUAAAGGUGCCCCUUGACGAACCCCAAAGCUAAGGCAAACAUACUGUGAUCUCUUGCUUCUCAGGAACAUGAACGGUUGUCUCUGGAAAAAAAAUACUUCCUUUGCAUUUUCAUUGUGAAUAAUGUUAAUAAAUCCUUAUGUUUUUGAAA